CUCAGCUGAAUUCAAGGAAGCUUCUUCUUUUCCAACAUUUAAACAUCUAUAUACUGUCAAGAUAAAGAUGUAUAGUUAGACAAUUUUCACUGUAGGGUACAAAAUGGAUUCAGGUAGCUGAAAUUUAACAGCAUCUCAGUAAACUAUUAGAAGACAGAUCCUGAAGAGCAAACGUCAACAUGCACCCUUCCAGACCUCAGUGGAUUUAACUUUGGAAACUUCUCAGAAGAACAAAAUCACAAUGCCUCUCCAGAAUGUAAAAGUAGCUGACGAAGGAAGUGUAAACUUUCAGAAGGUGAAAGAAGAAUGUAUAACUGCAAUGGAAUCCCUCCACAAGGUGGUAGCUUGCUAUAGGCAUUUGGCCCUCACAAUAGGAGGCUCAUCUGAUAGUAUUCACCUUCGCGAUGAGUUGAGGAGAACUCGAGAGAGGGCCCAAGAAUUGGCAUUAUCUAACCGAAACAAGUUGACUACAGCCCUUCGAGACAAGAAGCUCUCAAAAAAAGAUCGUGAGGAGCUAGAACGCUUGUGGGUUGAGUUCUCCAGCUGCCUUGAGCUUUUCCAUAAUGACAUGUGUAAGGUGUAUGAGUUGGGAAUGGCUGUACCUCAUUCAGCAACAAAUAAGCCUGCCAUUCAGACUGGCUCUACAGGAAACACUUCAGCUAUAGCCUCCAGGGCACUGAAUGUCCAGAACAUCAAUUACAGUGACUCGCCAGCGAACAAAGCAAGCCUGGAGUAUCAAGAAAUAGAGGAGGAAAUUCUGAAAGUGGAUAAUAUGAUCACCGACAUGGAGAUGAAAGUUAAUGUUUUAAGAUGGACUGUAGAAGCUAACACACGCAUGAAUGACGAGCUUAAAAGCACCCAUGAUUCAUCAUCAGUGGUUUUGCUUUCAGAGGAAGAAAGCAAUAGUAAGGGCUGCUGCAGUGACGGACAGUUAAUUGUGUUCUUGCUUUUGUGUGGAACAGCCCUCGUAGCUAUUACUCUAUAUUCUAUUCUGUAAAGCAGAUUUAACUUUUUGAUUUUCAUGAAGCAAUUAGAUUUCUCUUAGACAAUUAAUAAAAACUGGUUCAUGGAAAUGUUUUACUAACAAAAAACAUCAAAUUAUGUGGGAGGUCAAAAUAAUAGUUUAGCAAUUACAACAACUUUGGAUGCUUGUUGGAUAUUGUGAGUGCGUUAAAGUGCCACCAGUUAGCCAUCACAAUAUUAGAGCACUCCCAUACAUACCAACACAUCAUAUGUACCAUACUUGUAUAGUGGCAGCUGGAUUAGUAGUUGUGUUAAUGGCAUUACUGUAUCAGUCAGGAUUUGAAAAAGGGAGCAAAAUAGGCCAGAUUCAAUUCAGUGAGGAAAAAGGUUUAUCAUGUGAAAACUCAUAGAUGUGAUUCAUUUUCAGAUUCAAUUCAGAAAAACGGAUCACAUUGUUUAUCACGUGAAAACACUGUUGAAGUCUAUGGGAAAAAACUGGAACUGGAGUAGGAGAAAUUUUUUUUCCCCUCAAAUUGAAUCUCGUCCAUGACUUUUCACGUGAUAAACCAUAACCUUUUCUCAAUGAAUUGAAUCAGGCCCAAUGUCUGAUUAUAAUAUCUGACAUGUUUGUCAUUUUUUCAUAUUACAUAUUUACACUGGUCACAUCGAAUACCCUUGGUGUCACAGGAAUUUGUCAGUUUGAAAUACAGCAAGAAUAUAGGCAUACUGUAUAUUUAAAGUAAAUGGUUCCAGACAGAGCUGACUUCAGAAAUCAUGGCACCACCAUAUGCUAGCUUGGCCAUGCACCAUUUAUGCCCGAAUACACCACCGAUUUCUUGGCAAAUCUUGCCUCUUUCAUGGCAGUUUGGGAACCUAACAGGACUCUUGCAUUUCUCCUCCAGUGGUGGCUCUGGUUCCAGAUAUUAGCCGUGUGCAAAAUACAGAACAGUAUUAUUUUUUUCAUUUUUUGCAUGAGUUAACUGAGAGGCAACUUUGUGUUUUCUUCAUAUCUUUUUUAUCUUUCCGCUACUGUGAUUUAUAAAGAUUUAAAUAUUUGUAAUUAGAACAACAUCAGUGAUCAGCAGGUGGCUCCUCUAUACUCAGCUGCAGUCUAUGUACUAGGGAGCACACAAGGAAGGCUGUCACCUGCCUUAUUGUUGGCACAUAUAUUAUGGAGUGCUCAGAAACAUUUAUUUCUAAUGACAUAGUGUAAAAUACUUCAUGGGCCACCCUUGCUUAAGAGUCAAUAUAUGUAUUGUUUGUAAAAUAAAUAUGAUGCUUAAUUUAUUUACUUAUCUUUCUAUUCAUAUUCCACUCUUUUAUCCAAACCACUGCCUGGUUGCUAGGGUGGAUUGUAUGCUAGCAAUCAUCUGCCAACAAUCCAGACUGAAGAGCUACAAAAUGAAAAGCUAAAUUGUUCAAAACCUGAUUAGAUAAAGUCUUUUUUUUCUCUUGUGUGUCUACAACCAACAGUCAAUGCAUUUCAAUAAAAGUCUAUCCAACUUUAUGAUGAAA